UUUCCUCUUUUCUAGACUCUGAGUUCUGGAUGUUUCCUGUGCAACCUCAUAGGCCCAGGCGGAGCCAGCAGAGAGGCAGCCGGCCAUGGGCCCCUGCUCAGAAGACCCCCACCUGGGCGGGGCCUCCUGGCUCCUGGGAUUCACCAGCCUUCUCCUCAGCGUCUGCGGUGCUCUGAUCCAGAGCUCUGGAGUCCGUGGUUCCGGAGUGGAGGAUUCUGGAAUCCCUGAUUCUCUGAAGAUGCGAGGAGGUUCUGUGUCGUUUCAUGUGAUCAGGAAACCGGAAUUACCCCCAGCAGGCGAGCUGGAGAAGAUUUCAUGGGGCAUUGUAUCCGGGUCAAACUACAGAGUCAUGCUGAACGUCCUUCCUGGGAGGAAUGUUCCAGAAUGGCUCAACUUCCAGGACAAGUUCAAGACGAGGGUCCAUGUGCCCAACAUAACAACCCUGUUGGUGGACAACCUGACCCUUGAGGACAGCGGGCUGUACCGGGCUCGAGUCUACUACACGAGAGGACGACAGUAUGACCAGGAUUUCCACCUGACGGUCUAUGAGCCCGUGCCCCUUCCUCAGAUCCGGGCCACGGUUCCGUCCCUCACACCAGGCUGGUGCAACGUCACCGUGGAGUGUGACACCACGGGAACCAGGGAGGGCCUGACCGUGUCCUGGGAGAGCGAGGGCCUCCCUAGGGAGCUGGAGCAGAGACCGGCCCCGGGACUAGCCCCCAACCCCUGGACGCUGGCUGUGAGCCUGCCCCUGAGCCAGCCCAACGCCAGCCUCACCUGUGUGGUCAGCAGCCAGGUGGACCAGAAAACUGCUUCCCAGGACCUUCGAGACAUCUGUGGCCACGGACAGACCACUGCUGACCCCCUGCCCGGCAUCCUGGUGGCUGUUGUGUUUGUGCUGCUGAUCCUGGGAGCUGGACUGUACCUUUGGAAGAGACGUGGGGAGAAGAAGAACAUGGAGCCUGGGAGAGGUGCAGGAUCGCAGGAGGGGCACAGACCCGGAUGGUGGCAUCCACUAUGCAGAGCUGAGCCAGCAGGUGUCUGGAGACAGGAGGGACAAGGGUAGGGGAGCCCCUGAUCUAGAAGACGAGAGCCCUCUCACCACUGUCUACAGUGAGGUCCGCAAGCCAGGCCAGGCCACAGUUGUGAUUUAAUGAGAAGAAGCAGGAGAAUCCCGCCCUCUGGGGACACCUGUCUCGUGAGCGUGACGCCUGCAGCUCGGGUCCUGCCUCCUCCACCUCUGAGGCUCUGAGCAGGGACUGGAUGGAUCCACCGUCAGUUAUUUCUGUGCUAAAUCGUUCCACACAAGGUCACCGUGAGACACACACAGGGGUCGAUCAAGGGGGGGAACUGAGUAAAUAAUUUGUACAAACCUGUUCCAGGACCGCUCAGCUUCAGCUAGUGUCAACCCCAGACAGCCCCGCUCUCUCCCUGGUCUUCAUGACAUCCAACUGCCUUUCAGACCCGCAGCCCCUGGGACGAGCCCUGGUGAAUUCCCAAUAUCCCGCCUGGACCGUCUUGAACACCACCCAGUGGUCAGUCCCGUGCUGAGAGCUAUUUACAGACCCUGUGAAUUCGUAAUCGUGAGCACUGGCUGAGUGCCGCUCUGUGACUCGCACUGUUCUGACCGUUCUGCUCGCCGCUGACUCACUGGGUCCUCAGGGACUCUCUGUGAGGUGGGGAUCCUUGUGCCCAUUCUACGGAUCAGUAGAAGGAGCCAGAAAGCCUGACUCUCCAGGCCGCACAGCUGGGAGCCCUGGAGUCAGGACUGAGCCCAGGGAACGGAGCUCCAGGGCUUCUCUCUCCAGCCCUCGGCUGUCCCGCAUCCCAGCAAAGUCCCUUCUGUCCUGUUCUGCUGGCCAGUGGCCUAGCCUACUAUUGCUCAGGAAAAAGCAGAAGUUUUUACUUCCUGACAGUUAGCUUUACUGACUGCAUUGACAGACACCUGCCUCCCUCUCUCUCCUGUCCCCUCGGAGGACGUUGAGCUCCUCGGGGCUCAGUGAGGACUUUUCCCUACACCUCAGCCCCUUCUCUGGGGACUUGUCUCCUGCAUUCCUCUCUCUGGCUUGACCCUCUGACUCCUCUGCUCCUUCCCUGCAGCCCUCGCCCGGUCUCCGUGCUGCCCCUUCUCCACGCCUGUGUCCUCACUGUGGCCUCACUUCACGGGGACCCCUAGAGCCAGGAGGUGAUCCCACCUGUCACCAUUGAUGCCCCUUUCCUGCUCCAACCCUCUCUGCCCUUGUGUUCCCUGACAGCCACUCUCAUGGACUCUCCAGCCCACCUGUCGCCCUCCCAGAUUCCUCAGCUGUCCCCCCAGGGCUGCUCUUCACUCACAGGGUGGGGCUUCUGAGGGUUUGGGCAGGACCCUUCCCAUCUCCUGUGUCCUCCUCUCUCUGGGGCCCCAGUCCCGUGGCCUUCAGUGACCAGUGACACCGCUGAUGCCCAGGGAAACCUCUCUGCCCCAUGCCUUCUGCUCAGCCCCAUCCCUGCCCUCCAGCCCCACCGGCCACAUCCCUGCCCCUGUGUCCUCCUCCGCCCUCUCCCCCUGGGGUCACAGUGCCCACUUCCCCUUCUGUAAUACCCGGGACCUGGUGAGAAAGAGCAGGAGCUCCUCUCCCACAGGAAGGAAAGUAGAAGCAAUUAUCACCUUUGUACUCAAUCAAUAAAUGCGCACCUUUUGUUUGCGGAAGUUGUGGGAGCCUUUCACCUGAGUCCAUGAAAAAUACUGUAAGGUCACCUCUUGGUGUGGGACACAUUUUCUCUCCUUCCUUGCUCUACCACCAUUUCCCCAGGUGACAAAGCAGCCUGCUGUUUGCCCGAGUUAGUAAUUCAAGCAAGAAAAAGUAGGUUUGAAAUGUCCCUUCCUCUCCAGCUCCCCUCUGAGCCUGGGGUUCCAGUAGAAGCAGGUAGAUCCCUGAGAUCAGAGGCAAUCAGAGAAGCUUCUCAUCCCUAGAACCUCAGUGUCUGCACGGGAGCGCUCACGACACACAGACUCCGUCCGCGCUGGAUCCUGACGGGUGGAAUGACGGGUCCCUUCCCCCCCAUUGGCCUUAUGUCCUGCAGUCUUGGCGAACUCACCUGUUAGUCCUAGGAAUUUUCUGUAGAACACCGGGGAUCUCCUGUCAGACAAACAUAUGAACAAUGUCUACAAUAAACACAGGUUUUCUCUUUCCCCUUUCCGAUCUAUAUAUUAUUUUAUUUCCUUUUCUUGUCUUAUUGCACUGAGCAGACUUCCUGGAGAAGGCGAGGAGCGGUGCUGAGAGCAGCCUCGCCUCCUUCCCAGGAUGAAGGGAAGGCUCCAGUUUUCGCCGCUGAUGAUGGCAUUCCCUGUAGGUGUUGGUGACUUUGCUCCCUUGGAUUCAUCAGUUUUGUUUCCUCUGCUCUUGUCUCUCUGAUUUCCUUUCUUUGAAUCGCCCCCGUUUUAUUUUACUCUUAUUCUUCUAGAUUCCGAAGGUAAAUGCUUAAAUCAUUAAUGUGAAGCCUGUCUUCGUUUGUAAUAAAUGCCUCGUAUCGUA